AUGUGGGCAGCGCUGCCGCCUGUCGUGUCGGUGGUCACCGCCGCUGAGGAGCUCGCUGGCGUGUCGAUGGCGGCGCACACGUCUGGCAUGAUGUGUGAGUCUAACACCGGCAGCUGCCCGCCGGCCACCGUGGACCCUACACGGUGUAGCAGACCAAACACGCUUGGUGCGUCCUCUGUAAUGAGCCAUCACCAUGCAAGCCUAGUCUCGGACGAGCAUCUUGAGUCGUUAAAUGGCUCUCAGUGCGGGCACUGCAAUCGGACCGCGUUCCCGCCGCCUGAGGGCGGCGACGGCGCUGCUUGUGAGACCGCCGCACCAGUAACGGCGGCAGCAACGGGUGAUGGUUGGAGUCGGCAGGCACGUCCGGGCUCCCACGCUGCACCGCCGUCGCUGCCGCAGCCACGUCUUGAGCGCCAUACUUUUCAACCUCUAGCAUCUCCGCCGACUGUGGGGGUACCGGCCUCAAUAAUGUCGUCCCCGGCGGUGUGCCCCAUUUCGGGGUCGCUGUUCUCUCGACAAGCCGUCGCUUCCCCUGGGCAGGACGUGCUUGGCUACGACCCGAGCGGAAGUCCCGUCGCUUCUCCAUCGAUGGGAGUCACCGCAGUCGAUACACGACCGUCGCCCGGUCUGGGCCCCACAUGGGCGUCUAGCUUUCAUCAGGCGCCACCGCCUUUGUGCCUCUCCGGGUCACCUUUGAGUCUUGCGGCAGCGGGAAGUCCUGCCGGUGACACGGCGUGCGCAUCCACCAUGAUGUUGCCCUCCGCGUCAUCGCACGCUGCCCCAAAGUCAACACCAGUGACCAACAGUGGGGCUGCGCUGCCACUCUUGAGACCUGCACCGACUGGGACGGCCCACGACUCUACGGCCGCGCACACGACUGUGAAUCCCUUUCAAGCCUGGCCUAGCGUUUCACUCACCGCGUCCGCGGCGACGACCGCGGCGGGCCAGGGUGGCGCGCCGUCGUGGGCCGCAGCCGAGUGCCAGGCUCAGAAUCAUCAGGUGCCCGCACCUCUUGCCUGUCCAUCUUACUCUAGCACGCCUGCGUCUGCGCUCACACCGACGCCACACACUUCAGCUAUCGUCAGCUGCGGCGCUCUUAGACACUCGUCAUCUCCUGUUACCUCUGCAUUGAGCCCGGGAGGUGGCGCGAGCAGUCCGGGCAGCGCCGGGAACGUGAUCCAAACGCCAUCGUUCAAGACGCCUGUCUGCGUCAGCGGUCCGCCUCCACGGCACUCAAGCGAAGGCGCCCCUCUUCGCACCCUGUAUGCGUUACCGUCAUCGAUGUGGGAGGUGGGUGGCGCGUCGUCCAACACCAACAGGACGGCAUUCACUGCCGCCACUUCUGAGGGUAUGAACGUGUCGUCCCCGAAAAUAUCACCGCAACUGCAGCACGUCACCUUCGCCCAGCUGGGCAACAGCGGAAGUGCCAGUGCCGGCGUUAGUGACGCGGGCCACGGGGACUUUCAGGCACCGGCCCCAGCACAGUUUCCACCGGUGCUCGACCCUCCAACGCUGAGGCAGCAUCCACACCCGGGUGGUGGCGCGGAGAGAGCCAACGUCGGCGCCGGGACGCCGCGGAAGCUGCUCGACGGAUCCGUCUGUUCCGCCACGCUGUCGAAUCACAACCACAGCUUUUACAUGGGCACCACCGGUAAUGACAAUCUGAGCCGCAGCUUCUUGUUUCCCUUGACUUCAUCCUGCGGCGCAGCAGUCGCAGCCGACGGCACGGAGGACGCAUCCGUGAUGAGCGCUGGGGGAGGCGGGCCACGACCCACAGCCAUAUCCCACGUGCGUUCCCCAAGCGUCGCAUGCGGUCGCCAUGCCGGGCAGGCGACCCCGCCCAUGCCACCCGUCGGCAGCACUGGUGUCGCUGUCUAUGGUGUGAGCGACUCCGUGCCAUCCUCGGAGGCCGGCUCCAUCCUGGCGGACACCUGCCGCUCGCUGGCGCCGUUCGAACUACCGCCUCUUCAGUACGCUUCACAGCUACUGCAAGGACAACCACCGUCACAUCAGCCCCACCCGCAGCUGCAGCCAUCCCUACGAGUCCCAUCCGCCUCAGCGGUGACGACGCUGCCGCCGCCAGGGCCGCCUCAUUCCAUCAUCUUUUGCCGGAGUCCUCAAAUGACUUCGCUCAACGAGGCGCUGCCGGGCCUCGCACAGCCGGUGACCGUGUCCCACGCGCCAGCCAUGGGCAGAGGCAGCAGCUUCAACCAAUCCCCAGCCCUGCAGCAGCUAUCCACCGGCCAUUCUCGAUCUCCGUCCGCGCAUGGUGCUACUGCUGCGGAGGCAAGUCUUAACGCGGGCGCCACAAACUCAUCCUUCAUCUCCCCCACGGUGGCGAGCUUGAAGUGGCAUUGCCGAUUCGAGGGCUCUCUAUCUGGGUCCGAAAACGCAAUCGAACUCCCAGAUAGCAGUGCGCAGGUGACAGGAAGCACUGCUGCUGCUCCUGCCCCGGGUGAUGGGCGUAGUGGUGCCAGUUCGAGGCCGUCGUUGUCCAUUGCUGACGCGAAGCCGGCACCUCGGCCUGGGUACAUCGUCGAGUGGGAGCAGAGCCUCACCGCCUUCCAGAGUCGCGCCGAGAGCUACUACGCUUUCAAGAAUGUUUGCACCGAUACGUAUUUGACGCUCAUCGAGCACAACGUCGACCGCUUCCUCGUAUGCUACUUCAGCGGUGGCGCCAUCAGACCUGAGAGGUCGCUGCAGGAGGCACUGGCGAGCCGCACUGGGGCCGCAGCCAAUACACCAACUCAUCUCUUCAGCGGCACCGGCGCCGGCAACUUGAAUGCGCAGAGACCAGGUGGCCAGGUGACCAGUGGUGCUGGCAUUCAGAAAAUGCUGCAGGGCAGCAAGGCACUCCUGCUGCUGAGCGAGACCGGGUCGAAGUGGCUGACGAAGAUAGGCGUCAACCUGCGGCGGACGACCGCGACUCCGGCGCCGGUGUCCAGCGAGCCACAGACGGCGCUGAUGAGCGCUGACCCUGCCCACCGGGCUACACCUGCCUUUGCCGGCACAGUCGCUUCUCCUCUGCGGAGCAUGAGAGAGGGCUCCCCGGACUGCCGGACCACGCCGAUGACCAUUGGUGCUUCGGGAGCGGCAACGGCAGCGGUGGAGGAGACCAGGGUGCUGGAGCCCGCCUACACAAGCCUGUGCGACGCCGACCCGUUUGGCGCGAGCUUAGCUACGAGCACCGCUCCAGGACGGCUGCCCCCGCCCGCAACUCACGACUCGAUCUCGUCGACUAGCACAAGUCAAUUGGCUUUGCCAUCAACACUGCCACACACCGGUGCGACCACGGAGAUGGGCACCGGUGCUUCCACAAUGGCCGCGGCGCUUCCAGCGCGCUUUUCCGCCGAGGAGGUAGAGAUUCAGUGUCUGCGCUACCUUGGCCCUUACGUGGCCAACGUGGUCCCAGAGACGUUCAUGGAUGCUCGACCGAGCGAGGGCGUUCUAGACCAGGUGCGCCGAAACUACGCUAUUCUCCUGCACACGUUGCAGCACGUCUUGCUCGAUGCCAACAGUAGCAGUAGGCAAGUCACUGACGCCUCCUCGCCUUACGUGGAGAGCACCCUGCCGUCGCCGACCAUCCUUACGCAUACGCCUUCACUGACUUUAUCCACCGGGACGGCAGGUUCGCCAGGCUGUACACGGAUGAAUGGACUCGUUUCUCAGCGCAUUCGUCAAGGGCUACUGCUGCCCACCAUUCAGGCCACCUGGCGGGACUACUUAACCCCUCUCAAGUGCAAGGUGCGGGAGCUGACGCAGAUCGCCACGACGAGUAUUGAACCGAUCCUCAGGGACCUGCAAUCACCGUGGGUUACGGGUGCCACCGGUGGUGCUGCAGCGGUGCCACUGAUCGGUCCAGCGAGCCCCGGACGAGUCCUUCGGCAUGACUCGACGGCCGCCGCCACUCCUUUUACGAAAGAGGUAAAGGCUUCUUUCGUUGCAAUGACGGACGCAGAACGGGCCGCUCGCGAAGCCCUGCGAGCAUCGUGGGAGGGCCCUGUCAGUCGACUGAUCCGGCUUCUCCGCGGUGACGAGGAGUAUCUCGCUACCAUACAGACAAUGGACAACGAAUUUAUCGAGAAUGGAGCGGCGUGGCAGGAGAGCAGCGCACAACUGCGGCUGAGCGGUGCGGCACUCAGCGACUACGUUCCCGUGUACGGGCUAGUGCUCUCGCGGCUCCAUCGACUAGAGAUGGAGCACCGCACCGUGCUGGAGCUGUGGGGCGGCAGCGCAGCCGCCGCAGCCGGCACGCAACACCGCAUGUACGCAUAG